AUGCCCGUUUCGGGCGACGGGCGUAGGCUGGCAUGCCUGGAUGAAUUGGAGGGCGGCGUUAUCGAACAAACACCUUCCUCGCCAAGGGUUCUAGCCCGGGAUCGUGGCGCGACCAACCCGGGGUGCUGGGCUGUUCCCGCAUCCCGCGUUCGCGUCCGCCUCCGCGGCCAACGCGCUGCUGCAAGACAGCGGCUGCAAGGGCGGCAGGCAAGGCAGGAUAGGCACGGCGCGUUGGUCGCGGCGUGGACGGGCUCUGGGAGACACGCUGCUAUCUUGAUAUGA